AUGGCGUCACGGGCUAUCAUCAUGGGAGUUCGUGUGGCGACACUAUUGUCAAAAUUAUCUGGUAAUAUAGAAAAACUAUUGGAGGAUAGCCCGUUGUUGGAUGAUAGCCCGUCGUUGAGUAAUAGGUUAAGUCAUGAAUUUAUCCUAAAGAAUCCUUUGAGAAACAUAUAUGACCUUUGGCAAAUUAUGAAGCCUCAAGUUGUUAUCAUACUUGGUACUAUUAAGGCUAUAGAUAAGCAUUUUGGUUGGCACUAUAUGGAGUGUCCUAAAUGUUUAACGGAGGCGUCUACAGAUUUUAUAGACUGCGUCAGUUUGGAGGAACAUUUUUUUCAUGUGUGCAAAAACCCUGAUUGUGAUGAAAGUGUUAUAUAUCCAGUUCCUAGAUUCAAAAUAAAAGUUCAAGUCGAAGACAAUAGUGAUGAUGUUCCACUAAUAUUAUUUCAUCCUCUGGUUGAUGAAAUCAUCGAAAAAGUUGUUCUCAAGUCGGCUGAACAAUUGUUUCAAGAAAAUACAACACCUGAUGUUGAAGAAGUAAUGUUUCCUGUGGAUUUAAACAAGUUAACUGGAAAGAUGUUUGCUUUUAAAAUUGAGAUAACAAAUUAUAAUCUGACUAACUUUGAUGAGAUGUAUUUUGUCACAAACAUGACUGAUGAUGAGGUAAUUAUCAAUGAGCUCAAAGAACAAAUGAAAAUUACUGAGGUCAACGAUAAAGUUUAUCAAAAAGAAAAUUCACAUUCCAAGUGUUAA